GUCAUAACAAUUGGUGCAUCACUCAGUUCAGAAAAGAUGGAGUAUGAAUUCAAACAAGCUGUGAGUGCAUUAAACCGGAACUUCGCAUACACAAAUGUUCUCUUCAACUCCACCUCCAUUCUGAUGGACAGUAACCCCAUCAGAUCAGCACUGGACAUCUGUGACAAGUUGCUAGCUCAGCAGGUUUUUGCAGUGGUUGCCUCACAUCCAAACUCCACUGACCACUCGCCGAUAUCUGUGUCUUAUACGUGCAGUUACUACAACAUACCUGUGGUUGGAAUAUCUGCCAGAGAUUCUGCAUUCUCAGAUGUGAAUGUCCAUAAAAUGUUUUUGCGAACUGUACCCCCAUAUUCCCACCAAGCAGACGUUUGGGUGCAACUGCUCUUGAACUUGACCUGGCACAAAGUCAUAUUUCUGUACAGUGCAGAUGAAGAAGGAAGAUCAAUUCUCAGUCGCUUCCAAACGCUCGCUGAGGAUCAUGAUAUCAGAAUUGAGCAGGCAGUUCGAUAUGCACCAGGGGAGAAAAACUAUACAAACACUUUAGAGACGAUUUUGUCAUGUACAUCUAGAGUUAUCCUGCUUUCAGCUUCUAGCGAAGAUGCAGAGAUCAUAUAUAUCAAUGCUGAAAAUCUCCGAAUGACAGGGGAAGACUGGGCAUGGAUUGUGACUGAACAAGCACUAACUAUUAACAUUCCUGUGGGAUUUCUUGGGCUACAUCUGGUCAAUGGCACCAAUGAGGUUAACCAUAUCAAAGAUGCUGUGGAGGUUAUAGGUCAAGCGUUUGCGAGACUGCUGGCCAGGGAAAAUAUUUCUGAUCCACCAAGAGAGUGCAAAGAUGUUGACAGCUGGGAUUAUGGGGAGAUAGUCUAUGAAGCUUUAAUAGAGACAAAGCUGAAUGGAGAGACAGGACAAGUAAGCUUCAGUCAAGAAGGUGAUAGAUUAAACUCAAUGUAUGAAAUUAUGAACAUCAAUAGCAACAGAAGACCAAUGUCUGUUGGGUUGUUUGGCCACAAAGAAAAGAUCAUAGGAUUGAGGAUGGUUGGCAAUAAUAUUACCUGGCCAGGUAACACUCAUAUCAAGCCUAAAGGAGAGAAAAUCUCUCGUAAUCUUGCGAUUGUAACACUAAAAGAGAAGCCAUUUGUUGAAGUUCUACCACUUCCCAAAGAUGGAAUUUGUCGUCCUGUUGGUCGUGCCCAGCAUGCCUUUCCUUGCAAGAAUGAAACUCAAGAUCACUGUUGUAUGGGAUAUUGCUUAGACAUGUUGGCAAUAAUUGCAGAAAAAGUUCAGUUUAAUUUCACCAUUCAUCUCAGCAAAGAUGGUCUCUUUGGUUCAUUUGAAAAGCAUAACGGAUCUGACAAGAAACACUGGAAUGGCAUGAUGGGAGAACUGAUGAGACAGGAAGCAGACCUAAUUGUUGCACCAUUAACGAUCAAUCCAGAGAGAGCUAAUGAUAUUGACUUCACUAAGCCAUUCAAAUACCAGGGACUGAACAUUCUUGUUAAAAAGACUCAAAAGGAUUCCAGUUUAGCCUCUUUCCUGCAACCAUUUCAAGAUACUCUCUGGAUACUGGUGGGUCUGUCUGUGCAUGUUGUGGCUCUAGUUCUGUAUCUCCUGGAUCGCUUCUCUCCGUUUGGUCGGUUUAAACUGGCCAAAAGUGAUGACACAGAGGAGGAUGCUCUCAACCUGUCCAGUGCCAUGUGGUUCUCAUGGGGUGUGCUUCUCAACAGUGGUAUCGGUGAAGGUACUCCUAGAAGCUUCAGUGCUCGAGUCCUUGGAAUGGUGUGGGCAGGUUUUGCAAUGAUCAUUGUGGCUUCUUACACAGCCAACCUGGCAGCUUUUCUGGUCUUGGACAGACCUGAAGCUCUGAUCUCUGGUAUUGAUGACCCAAGGCUUCGUAACCCAAAUGAGAAGUUCAAGUACGCCACUGUAAAAGGAAGUGCCGCUGAGAUGUAUUUUAAACGGCAGGUCGAGCUUUCAACUAUGUACAGAAAUAUGGAGAAACAGAAGACUUACUUUACCGCAGAGGCUGCUAUUGAAGAUAUUCGCAAGGG